UAUAACGAUUUUCAGAUUUCGAAGAUAAAACAGUGUGAGUUUCAAAGUAUUAUCAACUAACUAACUAUAAACAGCUUUAGUUUGAAAACCCUAGCGAAUUAGGGCACAGAUUAACAGACUUUGCCAUGGAGAUUGGGUGCAUGUGGAUGAGACGAAUUCGGUUGAGACCCAAUUCUCUCAUCACUUCUGUGACCACUCCGAUUGGCUCCUCCUCCUCUCCAGCUUUCAGAGAACCCAUUUUGUACAUUUUCCGGAAACGUAGAACCCACGUACAGGGUCUCUUUCAGUUUCUUCGAACCCACCGUCGUUUGCUUACGACCGCCGCCGCCGUUUCACCUUCAAACCCUCGAGCUCCCUUCGACUGCGCUGAAGGAGUUGACAUUGAUGAUGUUUCAAACAAAAGCUCGAAGGUUGUUCUUAAGGGAAUGAAUUACUCUGAACUUGAGAAAUGGGUUCAAUCACAUGGAUAUAGACCUGGUCAAGCUUUAAUGCUAUGGAAACGCUUAUAUGGGGACAAUAUUUGGGCGCAUCAUAGUGAUGAGUUAGAAGGUUUGAACAAGGAUUUUAAGAGCAUGUUGAGUGAAAAUGCUGAGUUCAAGGCGUUAUCUUUGAAUGAAAUUAUAACAGCAUCUGAUGGAACUAAGAAGAUUUUAUUUAAGUUGGAAGAUGAUUUAAUAAUUGAGACUGUUGUUAUACCUUCUGAUAGUGGCCGUAACACUGUCUGUGUUUCGAGUCAAGUGGGCUGUGCCAUGAACUGUCAGUUCUGCUUUACUGGCAGGAUGGGUUUAACAAGAAAUCUAACUGCAGCUGAGAUAAUUGAGCAGGCAGUAUUUGCAAGGCGCCUGCUCACUAGCGAAGUUGGUUCGAUUACAAAUGUUGUAUUUAUGGGAAUGGGAGAACCGUUUCAAAAUAUUGACAAUGUUAUCAAAGCUUUAGACAUUAUGGUGCAUGAUCAGGGGCUGCAUUUCAGUCCCCGCAAGAUCACGGUUUCAACUAGUGGACUAGUCCCACAGCUGAGACGGUUCCUCAAAGAGUCAAACUGUGGUUUAGCUGUUAGUUUGAAUGCCACAACUGAUGAGGUUAGAAACUGGAUCAUGCCAAUCAACAGGAAGUAUAAGUUAGACUUACUUCUUCAGACCCUUAGGGAGGAACUUCGCUUCAAACAUAAAUAUAAAGUUCUAUUUGAAUAUGUAAUGCUUGCUGGUGUUAAUGACAGCAUGGAAGAUGCAAGGAGGCUAGUUGAUCUUGUUCAAGGUAUUCCAUGCAAAAUCAAUCUCAUCUCUUUCAAUUCCCAUUGUGGAUCCCAAUUCAGACCAACUAGGGAUGAGAAAAUGGUUGAGUUCCGAAAUUUUUUGGCUAAAGCCGGAUGUACUGUGUUGUUGCGACCUAGUAGAGGUGAUGAUCAGAUGGCUGCCUGUGGUCAACUUGGCAAUCCUGGUCCUGUUCGGGCUCCUGUCCUCCGUGUGCCUGAGAAGUUUCGAACUGCCUUAGAAGUUUCAGCAUGAUUUUUAAGACAACCAUGGGAAAACCAUCAUUUGGUUAUUUCAUAGUCUACUGGCCUAAUUCUUAGUAGCUUCUAAGUUUAGUACCCUAUAUAGUACCCUAUAUAGCCUGUGCGGUUUUGUUAAACCAACCACUUAGGCUAGGUGCUAAGCAAUUUAGUAGAAUCUGGUCCUUUAAACAUGAAUCUCACGGAUGCCAUUGAAUAGUGUAAUGAAUCUCACGGAUGUGAUUGAAUAGUACGAGUACUCUUUAAAACAACAUUGGUCGACGUAAAAUCUCCUUCCGCUUUCCCAUGCCUUAUGGGGUCUGCUCUUGGAAAAUUCAUCACGUUCUGUUUUUUCUUGAGCUCUUCUCUCGAAUAAAACGGUGCGUUGCACCUUUAAUCAUCA